CGGAAGUGCUCCUUAAUCACAGCAGCAGCGGCAAAGAUGGCGGAGUUUAGCCAGACGGGGCUUCUGGCGGCUCUGCUAUUUUUCAUGGCGCUGACGCUCCGGGACGUAUAUGUCGGUCGAACGAGGCCGCAAAAUCAAAAUCUAGCCGCGGACACUGACCCAGAGAAACCUGCUAAAACCUCUGCUUACACCGGACCGGUGCUCAGGUUCCAGUACUGUAUCUCCUGAGGGUACAGUAAAGUCUUCCAAGACUACUCCCUCACCGUUAGCAGACUGUAUCCAGACAUUCGCAUAGAGGGUGAGAAUUAUCCUCCCACCUCCAUUAACAAGUUCCUAGGUCAGCUGAUCUCAUACCUGAAGCUAUUGGCUAUCAUGGUUGUGGUCUUCGGUCUAAAUCCUUUCCCCCUCCUCGGAAUUCAGACUCCCAGAGCCUGGACAUGGAGUCAGGAAAACAAGAUCUUUUCCUGUCUCAUCACAUUCUUCCUUGGUAACAUGCUGGAGACACACUUCCUGUCCACUGGAGCCUUUGAGGUCACUCUUAAUGAUGUUCCCAUUUGGUCCAAGCUUCAGUCUGGUUAUGUCCCAAAUGUCCAGGAACUCUGUCAGAUCCUUGACAACCACUUGAAAAUGAACCAGAUGGAUCACAUGAUGGAUCACAUGACCUUCCCUUCCACUUAGACAAUGGUUAAUGCUCCAUCAGAUUCUCUUGCACCCAACCUGGAAGUUCUACUCCAUGUUGAUCGCUCUCACCACUGUUUUCUCCUCAGCUCAUCUGUGUCCAGGCUGAGUGGGAUGUUGAGCUGUUGCAGUUUAUGACAGUCUGGUCCUAAAGCAGUCUCUGCUGGACCUGACCUGAUUUUUUUUUCUGCAAUUAAAGGAACAACCCCUCUGCUCCUGGACACACCAGAGCACUGAAUUACCCACACUGCACCACUACUUCAGGUGUAGUUGAAGUUUGACAUUAUGUCAUGGUACUACUGUUAGCCCAAUGCAAUGGGAAAUAGAUUUUUGUCAGACUUUUGUUAACGUUGUUGACUUUGUGUGAGAUAAUGUUUUACUUUUGAAGCUAAAGCUAGGCUUUUACUCAACACAAGAAAUAAAAUGACAAAAUUG